UCGCAGCUGUGAAUGGUGGGAUCUUGAAUUGGGCAGCCAGGGGGAAUAAUGGAAAAAGGCAACAAAAUAGAAACAGCGCCAGUCUUGGCCCCAAGCUUCAAGAUUUUGCCAGACGGCUUUCAGUCGUAAUUGUGACUUCAGCCUAUGCGGACGUGGAUAAAGUUCGUUUAAUGGUCCGAAUCGAAAUAUAUACGUGACGUCUAAGAGGGGUAGAGAGAAAUUCAUGCAAAUUUUCAUUUUGCAUUUGUACGGGAUCAUUAUCAUGCACGACUGAGCCUCCAUAAAAGUGAUCAGAUUGUGCAUUCCGCGGGCCUUAAUCUGACAAUUCCAGUCGCGCAUGCGCACAGCAUAAGCAAUCCCUAUUCGGUCAAAACUCCCCCGCACGUGUGUUCCAAAAUAAAAAAUAAAAUAGAUACUUUUGAAGGUUUUUAAAACUCUAAAAACCCAUCAUAAUGACGGCAUCACCUGGUCUAUUACACAUGGAUCAUCCGGUCAAAGCUUUCUAUCAGUUUUUCCUCGACUUGAUUAUAUUCACCAUAAAAUCAGUGUUUUACAUACUGGAGUCACUAUACUAUACCCUAUUGCCCCAGCGGUUUAGAAAGUUAAAGGACAUCUCCGGUCAGGUGGUCCUUAUCACAGGCGGGGGUGGCGGCGUCGGCCGACUCAUUGCUCUCAACUUUGCUCGGCUUCAGGCCCGCAUUGUCAUCUGGGAUAUCAACCAAGAAGCCAUCAAGACUACGGUGGAUUUGUUGGCCAAACAUGGCUUCCACGACUGCAAGGGCUAUGUGGUGGAUAUCUCGGAUCGGGAACAGGUCUACCAGCGAGCCAGUCAGGUGACCGAGGAAGUCGGACCCGUGGACAUUCUGAUCAACAAUGCUGGAAUCGUUUGCUGCAAGCCCUUCUGGGAGUUACAUGAUCGGGUCAUCCAGAACACAUACAACAUCAACAUCAUCUCGCACUACUGGACCGUCAAAGCCUUCCUUCCUCACAUGAUGCGCCAUAAUCGUGGCCACAUUGUGACCGUGGGCUCUGUUACCGGAAUGUUGGGCACUUACGGAUGCAGUGAUUACGCAGCCACCAAAUAUGCCUGCAUCGGUUUCCACGAGAGCCUUCUGACGGAUCUGAAAGCCCAUGGCUACGAUCAGGUCCACAUGAGUCUGAUCUGCCCGUACUACAUUAAUACGGGCAUGUUCUCGGGAGUUAAGCCUCGCAUGCAGCCCAUGCUGGAGCCGCAGUAUGUGGCGGAUCGCAUCGAAAAUGCAGUCCGUUGCAAUGAGGUGUGGUGCGUUCUUCCCAAUUCCAUCCGCAUGCUGACGCCCUUGAAAUGCCUGUUGCCCGCCAAGAUGUGUUGGGAGCUGAUGUACAGGGUCAUUCGCGGUCCAGAAUCCAUGAUGAUGUUCCAGGGACGAGGACGCGUUGCAUCUGGUUAAAGUUCAAGGAGAGAAUUGCGGUUAUAAAGUGGAAUUCCUUUAGUUUAAGUUGUUUUAAAGAGGCGAUUAUACAUAAAAUUAUUCUAAAUUAAACGAACGUUCAAAUUAAU